AAGGGGAUACCGAGAGUCCUUCGGCCACAGAAUUUAUGGCUUUGGUCGAAUCAACGGGCAAUCCAUUUGGAAACAAUGACGUUACGGUUGUCGAUGCGCCUCGACUUACAUACGAUAAAUCUGUGAACAGAAAGGUGGCCAAGUGGGGUGAUAUUGACGAUGAUGAAGUAUGGAAAUCACAACCACAACAGAACUUAUUCUCUCCGGAAGCACCAAUAAAAACAAAGAGGACAGCACAGACCAUGGCACUUACAAGUUUUCUACAAAUAAACAACAAUACAAAGAAAAUGAACAAAACCAAAUCUACAGUAAAGAAGAAGGGAGUUGGUGAUGAUCAGUUUUCUCUGCCUACCGCUGGAAAAAAGGUCACACAUGUGCGUUGAACAUAAAUCAACAGUAAGGAAGAAGGGAGAUGGCUCGGCCGAUAUUUAUUUCAAAAUGGAUAAUCUGAUCUCAUUUUCUACUGUAAUUGUGGGCUUAUGAAUUGUGAGCAUAACGACAUCUUAGAUGCAAUGGCAAAGACUUGAGCUAUUAAUUAGUGUGUCACGUUAACCCAAUUUACAACCGCCUUAUGGUCGUUCUUCUGUCUGUUUUUAGUUUAACGUAAUAGCAACACAUUCAGGUCAUGUACGGACGGAUCUCCUACAUUGGACGAAAAUAGACAAUUCAAGAUAAUGUAAGGACCGGAUCGCCUAACGUGGACGAAAAUAGACAAUUAGGUAAUGUACGGACGGAUCGCCUAAAGUGGACGAAUAUAGACAAUUCAGGAUAUAGCAUUUAUUUUCGUACUCUAACUGGAUCAUAAUACCUAAUGCUUCUACAUUUACGAUUUCUUAAAGAAUUUUACAAUGUUUAAGGUGAGAAUAUAAAAGACUUAAAACGUAAAUGACUAAAUAACGUAAUGACUAAAAAUAUUGUUUUACAAUAAUGUUAAAAUAUGAUUAAGUAGCAUUUAGGUA